GACCGCGCCUCCUCCGAUGAGCGAUGAGCUAAGGCGUCGAGGGCCCGCCCAACAGCCGGAAAGGAGGCGUGGGCAUGGAGCCGGCGGCGGCCGUGGAGACCCGAACCGGCGCCGCUGCCUAGGGCUCCGGGUGGGGUCUCCGUGGGGGCGCGCCCGUCGAGCUCCAGGGACCCGUGAGUCCCCGCGUGGCCCGGCUCUGCGCGGAUGGCCUUCCUCCCGCAGCCCGCGCUCGCCUUACCCCUCCUCCUCCUGACCGCGUCCCUCACGUGCCAGGAUGAGGGGCAGACCACCGACUGGAGGGCCACCCUUAAGACCAUCCGGAACGGCGUGCACAAGAUAGACACGUACCUGAACGCCGCCUUGGAUCUCCUGGGGGGCGAGGACGGGCUCUGCCAGUAUAAGUGCAGUGACGGAUCUAAGCCUUUCCCACGUUAUGGUUAUAAACUCUCCCCACCGAAUGGAUGUGGCUCUCCACUGUUUGGUGUUCAUCUUAACAUCGGCAUCCCAUCCCUGACAAAGUGCUGCAACCAGCAUGACAGGUGCUACGAGACAUGUGGCAAAAGCAAGAACGACUGUGACGAGGAGUUCCAGUAUUGCCUCUCCAAGAUCUGCCGAGAUGUGCAGAAAACACUAGGACUAGCCCAGCACGUUCAGGCAUGUGAAACAACAGUGGAGCUCUUAUUUGACAGUGUUAUACAUUUAGGCUGUAAACCAUACCUGGACAGUCAACGAGCUGCAUGUUGGUGUCGCUAUGAAGAAAAAAUGGAUCUUUAAAGAAGAUGCUGCUGGGUGGUAACAGCAGAUGAGAACAGAAGAACGUAACUUUGGACCGAGAACUGAUGUUUUUAGCAGGAAGCUGCCUUAUUUUUGUGAGAGGAUUAUUUUAAGACCUCAUUUUGACACUAAAACUUCAAACUAAGGAAGAAAGUGGGAGAGGUUAACUUCCUAGACUGCUGCCUUAGUGCACCAAAUUGUCUUGAACAGUGUCACAAGGAGGUGCAUAUUAAAGGGGGAGUUUUUAAGGGUCUGUACCUAAAUUUUCACAACCAUGUUUGCAAAAGAGAUCAUAUAUAAAAUUCAUUUAUAAGGUAUGCUCAGCAUUAUCUUAUUUAGAAACAUGGGGAAUUAUUCACUUAAGUGUAUUUGUUUACUAUAAAAUUUAAAAUAUAUGUUUAUGCUUGGAAGGAUCUGACUUUACUUUUCUCUGUUUUAAUUAACUCAUAAUAUGCUGUUUUUCUGUAGCCCAUCAAGUGUUGGAAUAAGUCAUGCAGGACUAGUUAUAAGGACAAGGUUUCUGUAUCUAUUUCUUACAAAAUUGGAACCAUUAGCUGGUGACUUCUUUGGAAAUAAAACCAGGAUACCUAAGUAUUAUGGAGUGUGUGUAGAAGGUGACAUGAACAAAAUUCAGAAGCAGAGCCAUUCCCAUCUUAUGAACCACUCAUAAGGCAAACGUUAUAUUUUGCUCUAACUGUUGCCUAAAUUAGAGAAAAGAUGCAUUUAAUGAGACAAACGAAAAUUUGUUCCACAGACUUACCAGAGCAUUAUAUACUGUUACGCUUUGGUGUUUAUUCCCAUGCACUUGCUCCUCAGAGUAGAUUCUGGGAUAUUUAAAAAGACUAUAAACUUUUACUAAUAGUGGUCUUAAUAAAAAUUGUUCUUGAUAAUGUUGGUUUUUUUUUUUUUUAAGUCAUUAACUGUGGAGUCAAAAUGGAUGGAAAAGGAGGAUACAAAGAACUAUCUUAUACAGAUUUCUCAUUUACACUGAAAAAAUUUCAACAGAUGUUUAAGAGCAAAUCCCAGAAUCUUGACUGCUUCCGAAAAUGUCUUGAGUAUUGAAAGCUUUUCAGACCCGUAGAAACUCAGCUGUGUUCCUCUGUUGCUCUUUGCUUACCACUAGCUAUUGACUUUCCCUAGCCAAGGAUCUCAAGUCAUAAUAUCUUUUUGGUACUUAUGGCCGAAGUUAUUAAGAUAAACUGCUGGGAAAGUCAAAGCACCAGGUGAAGUGGUUCUUUUUAAGUUAUUAUAGGCAGAACUGGGCAGAAAGAAAAAUACGGUCUGGAGAAAGGGCCACAUUCCUAGUUCUGAAUAUAUGUCAUUGCUGAGAACCUAAUAGCUUCCCAAUCUGAGAUGGGUCCCUUUAUUAGACAAGGCAGGUGUACCCCUUUUGGCUAAGUGAGCAAACUAGGGGUUUUCUUGGCAACAUUGACUGUCUCAAGAAGACACUCAGCUUAUCUUUGUAAAAUAUUUUAUAUAUAGAAAUGCAUAGAAGCUGUUUUUAUAUGUUCCGAUACUUUUUUAAAAAACUUGUUACCUUGGAGUGAUUUUAGAUUUACAGGAAAGGUGCAAAGAGACUUCUGUAUACUCCUUAUCUCUAAAUUAAAACUUUACAGAACCAUGAAACAUUUGUCAAGAAACAAACAUAAAUUACUAUUAACUAAACUCCAGACUUUAUUUGUAUUGCACUGGUUUUUCCACUAUGUCAUUUGUCUUUUCCAGGAUCCAGUCUAAGAUGCCACAUUGCUUUUAGUCAUCAUGUCUAGUUAGCCUUUGGUCUAUGACAGUUCUUUAGUCUUUCCUUAUUUUUCAUAACCUUGACAGUUUUGAAGAAUACUGAUCAGGUGUUUUAUAGAAUGACCCUCAGUUUUGGUUUGUCUGAUGUUUUCCUCAUUAUUGGAUUUUUAGGCAUAAAGCAAGAGAGGUGAAGGGUUCUUCUCAUAGCCUUAUCACUAGUUGAAAGCUGUCAACUGGAUGUUGUGUUAACUCUGGAUGCUUAAUUGAGGUAGUGUCUGUUAGGUUUCUCCACUGUAAAAUUUCUUUUUUUUUUCUUUGCAUUAUUCUGUUUGUUGGAAGCCAGUUACCAAUCCAGUCUACGGGAGGUGAGAAGUAGGCAAGAUCAUGUUCCACUUCCUCAGAGGGGGAAUAUCUGUAUGUAGUACAUGGAAUUCUUCUUUAAGAUUUGCCCCUACCCCAGCCCCAUCCCCAUUUAUUUACCCAGUUAUUUAUAUCAGUGUGGACUCACGUAUAUUUCUUUUAUACUUUGUGUAAUAUUUAUUCACACUAUUCCAACUUGGCCUACUGAGAGCUCAGUCAUGUUGGCUCCUGUGUCCCAUCCUUUUGAUUUUUGAUUUUUGAACACAUCCAUACUUAAUGGCAAGAAAAUAGGAAAGUUGCUUCAAGCUCAUCUGGUUUAUUCCCAGCCCAGCCCUAGAAUCAGACUCUUCACUAAGGAGCCUGGCCCCUUGAGAAUGGCUGGUAAUGGAACUUAGAAACUGAGGUCUGGGCAGUAGAUAUGCUUGUUGAUAAUCGGCUGUCACUGCUUCUAGACCCUUCCAGGAAACAGAGCUAAGAAGUAUGUUUGCAUAUUAACCCAAGGACAUGUACAUAACUAAUUUUUUCCUUAUGUGUGUAUAUAUUAAGUUGAGCAUGAACCCAUACUGAUGUUUUUACUUGAAUCCUGUGUCACAGGGCAUAUAUUUAGAUUUUUUAAAGAUGGUAUUUUCCCUAUCCAUAAAUAAAUUAAAAGAACUAGCUUUUAGCAGCUCUUUGCAAGAAAUAUGACAUUGCUUUUUUAAAAUAAUAAACUAUAUUGUCUUCAAA